CCGCCAUUCGACACGCUUCUGCAGAAAGAGAGGCAGAUGCAUAAAGGAUCUAUCCUUUCUGUCCAGAGGGGACAUUUUUCAUGAAGCUGAGGACUUGGCAGUUUGCUGAAAGUUGUAGCGCUCAAGCUUGGAUAGUUCGGGGUGCCUCAAUGAGCAAAGCUGCUAUGAAGAGCGGGAGGACCAAAAGAUGAACCUGUUGUUGGCGCUGUAGUCAUCCUCAAAGCGACAGCUUUCUGUGAAGAAAUCAUCUGGCGUUGUGGUCUGCAGCCUCCUGGAAGAAGAAGUUUAAAAAGAAGCAGUCGAGGAGACCCCGAUCGUCAUACAAUUGCAUUUACGUUAUACAACUGAGCAGGAUGAUAUCCUGUUACUAUGGCAACCGUCAGCUGAGUUUAACUUAGUGGAUCGACCACCAAGUCCUAAGAGUAGCAUGGCCUCUCCUCCUCGUUCAUAUGCCACACCUCGUGCUAAUUUACCUGACAAUUUGUCAUCUAACAGUUCCUUUGCUACUAAACAUUAUCGUGUAACUCAACAGACCUCAUUCUUACCAUCUUAUUCCCCCCACCCUUCCCUCUCGCUAGAGACCAGAAUAUGUCCGGCCAAGCACGGCAUUGCGGUGUCUCUCUGCCUCGUGGAUACUAGCAGCGCUUCCUCAUCCAGGCUUGCCAGGGACAAAGAUACAGAGGCAGAGCCAAAGCCUAUUGGCUGGGUGUCCCCUGACACAUGGGAUAGCCGCUUUAAUGGCACGGAACUAAAGACAACCAUGGAUGUUGGCAAGCCUCUAGCAUUGUGCAAAGUUGACGAUAAGGCUGAGGUUAGAAAUACAAAGCAAGUAAGUCCCUUUUCAGGCCAGAUAGCCACUGAGGAAGACUAUAUUGAUAUUUUGCAGGCAACAAUGCUUUUUGGAUGCACUGCACAGAAACAGAAAUCGGAGGUGCAAAUGCAACCCAAAUCACAAACGGAGUCAUGUAUGCAAACCCAAAUCCAGCCAAAGUCACAUAAAGAACUCGUGCAUUUAUCGAAGAAAACACAAGCACACUACACAUUACAAGAUGCAAACAUGGCAGCUGAACCUUCAUCUGCUCAGUGUCAGAGUGCUGUUCAGGUCUCAGAGAAACCCUGUACCCCAUGCAUGGCUAGGAGACGAGGGAAAAUAUCUUCCGAAACGCAGGAGUUGAGAUGUCAUCAUCGGAAGUCCUAUAGGGCCGCACUGCGAAAUCCUGUUGCUGUUCAGCAUGCAGAGGCCAGAGCUAGCAUGUUAGGUGUUGUGCAAGAGGAUGGGGAAACCUCGCAUUGUGAUGCCAGAAAGACACUAAAGGAGACUGUUAAAGGUCUGUCUCAUUGUAACCAGGACCAAAACAUUUGCAAAGAAGAGUCAGGAGAGAAAAACACUGCUCCAUUUUGGAGACACGGAGAUACAAACCAUGUUCUCUGGAUGCCUGACCACCCAGGACAGGAUGACAGAAGGCCAGAAUUUCUAACUUGCAGGACCACUUUGCCUUUUCGGGAACAGUAUGAGAAGUGCUUCAUCAGUUUACAAAAUGGAAGUAGAUCAAGCGAUGAAGAAGCUUUGGAGAGCGCCAACGACCAUUCAAAGGCAUCUGUGAUGUCCACCAAAGAGCACAGCUUAUCAAAUACCUGUUCCCAACAUUGUGAAGACCCCCUAGCUACACCCACCACCACUGGGCUGAGUCCAACUGUGUCUACUCCUGUUUCACCAUGGAAGAACAAACGGGAAUCAGAUGGAAGAUGUUCUUCCCUCUCCACUGCAGUGGUAGACACCUCAGAGAAGUGCCAGUUGGUCCUCGUCGACGGUCCGAAUAUCAGGAGGGGCCGAAAUGAAGACACCUGUGCAGAUGUCCCUCAGCUUCACGUGGUCAAAUGUAAAAAAAGCACAGCCUUUCGAUUAAUUUCACCCAAGAUCAGCAAAGUGAGGAUGGCCAUUCCAGAUGGGGCAAGUAAAUCCACCGCAGGUAAAGAUGCAGAAAGCUCCUCACCUGGUUCUUCAAUUCCAGCAACAGAAAUUCGGAGGAAUCCUCAGCCGUCCUCCGCUCAUCCCAGACCGGACCACCUUCCUCUGGGAUCUCCAGAUCCCAGAGCUCACCCUCUCUAUCAAGGAGUAGCAACACUCACAGGAGGCAGAGAUAGAGCAGGUAGGGCGAUCGCCGAGCUUUACGGAGACCACCAAGGAUGGAGCUCUCAUGUUACCAGCCAGGAGAUCUUGGAGAUGUUGCUCUACUUUCACUCAAUCAUCAGGAGAGAAAUCCGAGAAGUUGGGAUGAUCCUAAUUUUUGAUGCCAGGAAAUCGCAUCCUCUUCCACAGCUGUACAAGGCCUUGAUGACAUUGCAGGAGCAGUGUCCCCAGGCAGUGAACACUUUGGUGCUUCUAGUGGAUAAAGAAAGCGGCGCCCGACCAGAGAGAUGCCCCACCAUGCAGACUGAGGUGGUGACAUCAAUGAAAGCCUUGAUGAAGAUGGUGGAGGAGAGCCAACGGACUUUCCGUCUGGACGGAACACUGUCCUACAAUCACUGUGACUGGGUGGAGCUUCACCAGAAACUGUUUCCAUUCGCGUUGGAUCUUCAUGACGCAUCCAGUCUAUUGCUGAGGGCAAUCAGUGAUUUAAAAGUGCCUCGGAGAACCAAUUCUGUCCAGACUGUGCAGCAGUGUAUGAAGGACCAGAGGACUCUGAUGCGUGAUGUACUGGAGGACAAGCAAUUGGUCAACCUACAGAGGGAGGGCGGGGCCAUCUUGGUGCGGCUGAGGAAGGAAAGCGAUCACAGAUAUCCUCACUGUGAGGCUCUCAGUGAUGCGGUGGACUCACUCACCAGCCUGUACAACCACGUAGAGGAGCAGCUCCACAUCCUUGUACAGAGCUCUAACAUGUCUCUGGAACAUUUGAAGUACCUGCUGCAAGUCAGAGAGAUGGAAGGACAUUUCACACAAUUGCAACAGUGGUUUUACGUUGAGGGUGAGCGCCAUCUCCGGGAGGCCGAAUCGGUGGAGGGUUCUGGAGACCAACUGGAGCAGAUCCUCAACAGCUUCACUGCUUUUCUUAUAGAGGCUAAUGAUCGUCGACACCAUGCCAUGUCAUUAGCACAAGAGGCUGAGCACCUCCAGCAGGCUGGAAUGUCAUACCCAGAGACACAGGCGUUCAGCAGCCAGGUCUGCGCGUUCAAAUCGGACCUGGACCACUUCCUGUGUAGAGCGGAGGCAUGUGGACGGGAACUGCAGAUCAUGGUCAAACUGUGUGAUUUUUGUGAGCAGGCUACAUCUCUGGCUGUUGAAUGCAUUGACUAUCUGAACCAAAAUGCCACCACAACCCAAUCCUGUAGUCUAAGGACAGCACCUAUCAAUCAAACCUAUCAAAACAAAGACACGGGACCAUGCAGCAGACAGUGUGACGUCCACACGAGCGUAUUAGCGUCAGAUGACGACAGUUCUGUCCUCCAACUCUUCCAGAACAAGUUCCUUCAGUUCAGCAUAGAACAUUUCCAGGAAGUGAGGGCCCAGGCCAGUGCACUGAGGGGCUCCAGGGGAAUGAGGGUCUGGAAUGCAGCCUGGCUACGGUGCCAGGAGGCCCAGCAGUUGCUUCAGGAGAGAAUGCAGCAUAUGGCUGACAAGGUCCUCAAGAGUCAGCCACAUUGUAGUAGGUGUUGCGGCCAUCAUUAUGUGGAUGUGGCCAGCACUCAGACAGCACCACCUGGUAGUCUGGUGGUACAGUCAACAGCAGAGUGGGAGAACAUUGUGACGGGAUCAAUGGAUUUAGUCAAACGAAGACCAAUCCUGGGCAAGAGCAACACAACUGAAGCAGAAUGUAAAAUUCCCGUCAAAGCCCAAGAUACAAGUGAUAAUGGCGACAACCAUGGAUCAAAGCUCACACCAAAAUCAUCUCACAGGUCAGCGAGGAAAGCGGAACGAGAGACGAAGAGGAACAGGGCAAGAGGUGACCGUGAUGCCGCCGCUCUCUCACAGUCUCACGCUGUGGGCUGCCAGUGGUUCCCGUGGGCACGAGGCCUGCGAGCCAAGUCCCAAGAUUCAUCCUCGACACCGGUAGAGGUGUCCGAGUCUUCCACACCUCUAAAGGAGCAGAUUAGACCGUCGUCCUCCUGCUCCCACCACGGUCAGCCAUCUUGUCGGAUCCUCCAAGAGGCUCAGAAGUUUCAGCUCUCUCGCCACGGAAGCUUCCGCUCGGAGGGCUCCUGCAAUCAUGGGGCUGCAGAAGAAAGCGGGGCUUAUCUCAGCAAGCACUCCAGCCUGCCCACUGGCAAGGGUGAAGGAACAUUCUGUUUGGAAAGGCCACAAGAGGGCGCCAACAACGCUCUGAGGUUGCAGCAUGUCCUGGAGGAGCUGCUGUUCACAGAGCGAGAGUAUGUCCGCUCUUUGAGCUACAUCCUGACUCAUUACGUACCCCUGCUGGACAGACUCGACAUUCCCCAGGACCUCAGGGGCAAGCGUGCCAUCAUCUUUGGGAAUCUGCAGAAGCUUCAUGAUUUCCACAACCACUACUUCCUGCCAGAGCUGGAGGCCUGCCACAGGGAUCCUGCUAUUGUGGCCCGUUGUUUUCUCAAAAAUAGUGACAGUUUUGGCCUUUAUGCACUCUACAGUAAGAACAAACCUCAGUCAGACUCCUUGAUACUGCAUCAUCGCCACGACAUCUUCAAGAGAAAGCAGCAGGAGCUUGGGGACAAAAUGGAUCUGUCUUCUUAUCUGCUGAGGCCCAUCCAGAGGAUCAGCAAGUACAGCCUCCUGCUGCAGGACAUGCUGGGUCUGACUGCCCCCUACUGGCCACGUGACGUUACCAACGCUGCGGUUGUCCACGACCCUGAGCUGAGCAGCAAAGAGGGGGAGCGGGCUGACAUCAGGGCUGCCGCUGAGCUGGUUCGUUUUCAGAUGCGUCACGGCAACGAUCUACUCACCAUGGAUGCUAUCCAGGACUGCGACGUUAACUUAAAAGAGCAAGGUCAGCUCAUUCGACAGGAUGAGUUCGCUGUUUUCUUUCGGAAGAAGAAAUGCCAACGCCGCAUCUUCCUCUUUGAGCAUCUCAUUCUCUUCAGCAAGACCAAGAAGACUGAAAUCGGAAAUGAAGUUUAUGUCUACAAACAGUCCUUUAAGACCAGCGACAUCGGGAUGACCCAUGACACCGGCGUGAGUGGCCUGAGCUUUGAAAUCUGGUUCCGCAGGAGGAGGAGCGAGGACACUUACAUUUUGAAGGCCAAUAGCGUCGAGCUGAAAAAAGUCUGGACCGCUGACCUGGAGAAGAUUCUCUGGGAUCAGGCGACUCACGGUAGAGAACAAAGGCUCCAGGAGCGAGUGUUGAUGGGACUAGGCCACAAAACAUUCCUGGACAUUCAACCCAGCGAGGCUGCCAUCUGUGACCGAGACGUCAGCGGCAUCCUGCCUGGCAGAGUCCCUGUGGCAUGUUGUUCACACAGGGCUCUAGAAUACGCUCGCCCCAACUCCAUCGGCUCCACCUCCACCACCCUCAGCCGAUCGUCUUCGUCGUCGGGCCGCGGCUCGCUCUCCCCUGCCGGCUGUCUCGGACACCCUGCUGCUGGCCCUGCCCCCGACGGCGUUCUGGACAAUGAGGUCAACGCUCGUCACUGUCUUCUUCAUCGGGACUGUGAACGCUGGACAACGAACCAUCGUCCGCUGACAGAUUCAUCUGAGGAGAGCACCAACGUGUUCUUCAGUGACUCGGAGCACAGUUGUCUGUCGGCCCUCGGUGGGGAGGUUGUGGACUCCUCAUCAUCACUGGGCUCCCACAGUCCCCAGGGCCGCACAUCACUGCGUCAGAUGAAAAGCUCACCAGCACUCAAUAGGAAGAAUGCGGCCAAUGAAGCCAAGCCUCCAUUCAUGGAUAAUUCUCAGGGAGAUGUUCCAAUAGGAAAAUCAACAGAAGUUUAACCUGGAUUCCAAGGAUAAGUGGCCGAAAUUGUGUCAUCGUUCUUCUUACCGAUGUGUGGUCCUCACCGCCCAUCAGGUGUCUUUUUAUCCACCUCCUAGGAUUAUUAUUUAUCACUUUGUUCCCUUCGAUGCAACUGUUGGAUUUUGGACUUUGUGUGGCCGUCCAUCUGGUGUGAUUUUAUCUACCUGCUAGGAUUAAUAAUUUAUCACUUUUUGUUUCGAUGGAAUUGUUUGCGUUUAGACUGUGGAUCUUGAAAUGUCCUUAUUAAAAAUCUAUUUGUAUGGAUGGUAACAUUUCUUGGACUUGAAAACCAGUGGCUUAGUUCAGCCUUUUUGUGCUACGUGAUGAAGUAUGAAUAAACAUUUCUAAAACGAGAACCACCUAUACAAGCAUAUUUUAUUUUGUGUCCUAUCAAAAUCUGUCCAUGCAGGAGUCUUAUUGAACUCAUGUUCAAUCUUGUCGAGUUAAACAUACGGGACCAGAGUCAAAUGCAUUUAGUUUUUAAUCACUAUUUGUUUUAAUUACAAGGACAUGACUCCAAAGAGAGGCUAGGAAGCUGAAAACAAAAAAUUACAAUUGCGUCUCUUAAUGGACAUGCGAACAUAUUCGUAUGUACAGGUGCCGCGAUUGAUGGGUUGAUUUUGCUUUGCUUUCCCGUCCACUGUUGUUUUCGAAAUAUUUGGCACUGUAUAUAUUAUCUGGUCGAACACACAUUGUUGAUACUGUCUGUGAAAGUGCUAACGUUUUAUCAUAUUUCCUUUCUUAAGGUGUUUUCACAAGUGUGUUUGUUGUUGUUUUUUAUAUCAUGUCCAGUCAGGUGUAUUUUUAAUGUUAUUUUGGUACCAAUAAAGCUGCCAGUGUGCUGUUCGCAUAACGUGA